AUGGAUAUUUUAAACAUCACUCUUCCAUCGCCACUAAUGGAAUUUUCAUCAUUCAAAUCUUUAAAAUCUUGUGGUAAUCAAGAACUUGAACCACAAUGUGAAUAUGAACGUCUUCUAUUAUUAAAUGCUCAAUUGACCACACCAGAAAUAACAGCCGGUAUUACUGGUCGUACAACAUCAGAAAAAUUUUCAAAAGCAUUUUCUAGUAUUCAUCAAAGAUUAGCUGAAAUGGAAUUAAAACUAUCCAAUGUUUUUAUGAGUGAAACUGAAUAUUUACAAACAUUAGAAGAUCGUUUAGCCGAAGAAGAAUUGCGUUUAUGUCAAAAAAUAUCAGCAUUGGAUAAAAUUAGAAAAGAAAAAGAUAUGUUAAAAGAAAAAUUUGAUGUAAUUACACAACGUUUGAAAUAUGCACUGAAUACAAUGGAUAAUACAAAAAAUAUUUCGGAUCAAUAUCUAGCAGGAUUAUAUGAAAAAAACAUGUUACUAGAUGCUCAAGUUCAUGAUUUAAUGUCUGGAACAUUUGAUACGUUAAUGCGUAUUCGUCAUCAAGUGAGUGAUGAUGUUAGAGAAUUUCAUCAAACAACAGCAGAAACAAAACAUCAAUUACAUUCGAAACAGGUUCUAGUGGAAAAUACAGAGAAAUCUGUCGAUUUAAUUUUGGAACUUGUUCGACAAUUAGCAGAAGUCAACGAUGCACAUAAAACAACAUUAUCAACUUGUGUACAAUCAAUGGAUGAUAAAUUAGAACAAUUUGAACAAACACUUGAUGAAACAUCUGAAUGGAAUAUUGAACAAGAAAUGGCUGAAAUCAAAUUACUAGAACGACAAAAGCAAGUAUUAAAUGAAGAAUUGAAAGACAAGGCAAUUUUAUUAGAAAAAAUACAACAAAUAUUACAAAAUUCUGCUAAACAAGAGUAA